AUGCCAGGCGACGGGUUCACGAUCAAGAGCCGCAUCAGGAAUUUACUGCGUUCCCCGUCAACCAAGCACAAGAAGAGCAGCAGAGAGAGUCUCACCAGCAAGGUGACUUUGGAGAAGGUGUUAGGAAUCACAGCUUCAGGAAACAGCGGCCUGGCUUGUGACCCCCGAUCCGGACUAGUCGCCUAUCCUGCAGGGUGUGUGGUAGUUUUGCUGAACCCCAAAAAGAAGAGACAGCACCACAUUAUUAACACGUCAAGAAAGACCAUCACAGCUCUGUCCUUCUCCCCUGAUGGCAAGUACCUGGUCACAGGAGAGAGCGGUCACCUGCCAGCGGUCAGACUGUGGGAUGUGGCGGAGCGAAGACAAGUGGCGGAGCUCCAGAAGCACAAAUAUGGCGUCUCCUGCGUGGCAUUCUCCCCCAACAGCAAAUACAUUGUCAGUGUGGGAAACCAGUACGACAUGAUGGUCAACGUCUGGGCUUGGAAGAAAGACGUUGUUGUGGCUGCCAACAAGGUGUCCAGUAAGGUGACAGGUGUGUCUUUCUCUGAGGACAGCUCCUACUUUGUAACUGUGGGGAACAGACAUAUUAAAUUCUGGUAUCUGGACCGCUGCAAAGCCAGCAAGGCCAGCGCUCCGGUCCCCCUGCUGGGCCGCUCCGGGCUGCUCGGGGAGCUGAGGAACAACUUCUUCUGUGACGUGGCCUGUGGACGGGGCUCCACAUCCGACUCCACCUUCUGCAUCACUUCCUCCGGCCUGCUGUGUGAGUUCAACAGCAAGAGGAUGCUGGACAAGUGGGUGGAUCUGCGGACGGGCGUGGCCCAGACUCUGUCUCUGUCUGAGGACAUGAUCUUCUGUGGCUGCGCCGAUGGAACGGUGCGAUCCUUCAGGCCUGUCGACCUUCACUUUGCCGGCACGUUGCCGCGGCCGCACCGGCUCGGCUCUGACGUCACGGCCUUCACGGAGGCCAGCCACCUGUUUUCCACCGAGACGGACGGACGUUACCCAGACACCAUUGCUGUAACCUAUGACCCCGUCAGCCAGUGGCUCAGCUGUGUAUAUAAUGACCACAGUCUGUAUGUGUGGGAUGUGAGAGAUGUGAGCAGGGUGGGGAAGGUGCACUCUGCCCUCUUCCAUGCUGCCUGCGUUGGGGAUCUGGAGAUGUUCCCAGAUGUUCCCGGGGAAUUCGGUGCCGGUUUAUCAUCAGGUGCAUUCCUUACUUGCUCAGCUGACAACACCAUCAGACUGUGGCGCAUGGACGACAGGACGCAAACUCCUUUUCAUUCUCAGAACGUCCUCAGCAGUGAUCUCCUGAAUAUAAUCUACAUAGAUGGAAACACCAGUGCCUUGCAGGAUCCAGAGUGUUUGACAAAUAUGAAUGCGGACAAACAAGGAGACGGACAGACAGCUGAAAGCAGGACCGGCAUCAGGACCAUCUGUGUCAGUCCAGACGGCAAACACCUGGCAUCUGGAGAUCGCAACGGGAUGCUGAGGGUUCAUGACCUCUGCAGCAUGGAGGAGAUUCUGAAAGUGGAGUCCCAUGAUGCUGAGAUCCUCUGCCUUGAAUACAGUAAACCGGAAACAGGUCUGAAGCUGCUGGCCACGGCUAGCAGGGAUCGUCUGAUCCAUGUCUUGGAUGCCGAGGAUGACUACAGUCUGGUGCAGACACUUGAUGAGCACUCUUCAUCCAUAACAGCCGUCCGCUUUGCUGCCAAUGACAACAAGGUGAGGAUGAUCAGCUGUGGGGCAGACAAGAGCAUCUAUUUCCGAACCGCACACAAGACUGAGAGAGGAACAGAGUUCAGGCGUUCUCACCACACGGUGAGGAAGACCACGCUGUACGACAUGGGUGUAGACCCCACCUGCAAGUACGCCGCUGUCGGCUGUCAGGACCGCUGCAUCAGGAUUUUCAACAUCAGCAGUGGCAAGCAGAAGAAACUCUACAAGGGAUCUCUGAGUGAGGACGGAAGUCUGCUUAAGGUUCAGCUAGAUCCGUCAGGUCAAUACGUGGCCACCAGCUGCUCCGAUAAAAACAUCAGCAUCUUUGACUUCUACACUGGGGAGUGUGUGGCCACUAUGGAUGGACACUCUGAGAUCGUCACUGGGAUGAAGUUUACCAACGACUGCAAGCAUUUGAUUUCUGUGUCAGGGGACAGCUGCAUCUUUGUGUGGCGACUGGCUCCAGAGCUGACGAUCUGCAUGAGAGAGAGGCUCAGUCAGCUCCGACGAGACCCAAACGCUCCGCUCUGCAAAACCCCCGGGCUCAGGCGAGAGGUGUAUAGCGCCCCCACGCUGGGAGGUCUAUCCUCUGACAGCGACCGUGAGCACGAGGAGGAUGGAGCAGAGAACGACGACCCAGAAGACACUGCAGCCAAUACUUCCUCUGACAGCAGCCAUGGAGAGGAGGACACAGGUGGUUCAGAUGAAGGACAGGACUGGGAGCUGACAAAGCACGGAGCCGUCAGCCAGGACCCACCUGACUCCUCUAAACGUCCUCGGAGGCGCUGGUCUCAUCGUAUGGGCACCCUGGAGCUGAUGGUGAAAUCCAUGCUGGACCUGAGGCAGCUGGACACCUUUGCCCCCAACAAAACCCCCGCAUGCCCCUCUCACGACAGAGAGAGACAGAGCACGUCCAGCCUCCAGGAGACCAUGCUGCAGUUGGAGGAGAGAGCCAAGAGGCAGCGGCCCUGGCUUCAUGAUGACUGGCUGUCCUCACACACAUCCAAGGGCACCAGGGGGACUGACGGAGCCGUGCUGUACCCUGAGGAGAGCGAGGGCGCUGCGAGUCAGCAGGGCGGUGAUUACAUGGUGAAGGAGCAGCACUGCAGGAUGCAAGGGCGAGGGAUCCGCGGUGAGAGCAAGGAAAGCCGCAGCCCGGACAGUGCCUGCUCACUGGGAUACGGCAGCAGCAGGGACUCCAGCCCUGAUCGUGUCCUGGAUGAUUCUGCAGAUGUGGAGUCCCUGAGCCAGGACAGCUCUGAUGAGGAGCAUGAAGAGAGGGAGGAAGAGGAACAAAAGGCAGUAGUGACGAGUAUGGACCAGGCUUUGAGGACGGUGACUGAUACUGAUGACGUUGGUCAAGAAGAUUUCCUCAAGCAGAACUUUGAGACACCGGAAGAGAGCUGCAGCAUGGCCGAGCAGAGCAGAGUCCCUCGGCUCAGUAUGUCUUCACGCUUCCUGGCCAGAGGACAUAAUAACAGGAGCACACCUCUUUUUGCCAAAGUGCACGGAAAGGAACAAGGCAGCCGCUCGGCUAAGCCCCUGUCAAAAGUACGGCCCUUGAUGGAAGAUAGCCAGAGCAGAAACACAGAGGACAAGACCCCGAUGUCCCCCGGCAGGAUCGAGGGACCAAACAGGCUUGAGGCUCCAGACAGGGACUUUGGUUCCCUGAAGAAGAGGAGGACUUCAGGGAUCCACCUAUGGAGGACGUUCAACCUGCCGUCCAAAGCACCGCUGCCGCUGGACAGAGCCACAUGUUUGCAGAAAUCUCACUCUGUCCAGAACCUGUCCUCAGAAGCUCCUCACUCCCCUGUGCCCUCUAGUGACCGAAGGGAGUUGCGCAAGAGACCUCAGCAGCUUCUCCUGACUCAUGACACUCCCAAUCCUUCCUUCCACUUCUCCUCACCCUCCACCGGAUCACCCCAGUCCCCCGAUUCCCCUCUGCCUUGGGAGAGCCCCAAACUCAAGCCCCACUCCUACAUGAACCCCACCGCCAGCUCCAUGGCCAAAAGCAGCCGCUCCACCUCGCUGGGAGACGUUAUCCAGCCGGGCACUCCACCUUCCUCCCCUCACUCUCCCAGGAGCAGGAGGUCAUGUGGGGAGAUUGAGGUCGAACCACCACUUCUCACCUCGUCUCCCGUCCCCGCUUCACCCUCCGCCGUCUCCCCAGCAUCAUCCCUCUUAUCUAGUCCUGUAUCAAACAGUCCCUCCCCAACAGCUGCAGUUUCAUCCACUCCGUUCGCCCAGAACAUCCCUCCCUCCCGCAUCCCGCUUCCCAAACAGCCUCUCAGCCCUCGACGCAGCCUCUGCCUGGAGGUCAUGCCGAGCUUAAGUUGUACCAGAGAGCCGGCGGGGUCUUCUACUCCCAACAGUGACGUCACACCGACACCAGGACACAGAGCAGUGAGCAGACAUCUGUCUUUGGAUCCUUCUUUGCCGAGUUCACUACCAGUGAGGCAGAAGAGAGACUCGGUUUCAGAGAGUGCAAAGGAGCCAUUACAGGCGGCUGCAGCCAAAGAGUGCCCUCUGGUGCCUGAACCGACCCGCACAUCGACCGCUGAUCCCCAUCCAGAUCUCUCCAUCACCUUGGAAACUUGUAUGCAGGCUGUUACGGAGCUUCACAGCAGUCUGAGGAAAGCCGCCGUGCUCUACUCUACGAUUCUACAAAGCGACCAACAACCGAGUGAAGAUCAGCAAGAGAUGAGGAGCAUCCUGUCCGAGGCUCUGUUCACGGUCAAGGCUGAGCUCGACUCUCUGCCUCCCCCCACCUCCCAAUGUGAGGUGCCCCGAGUGGACCAAGGGGUCAAAGGUGAAGGAGAGAAGGCCAUGGCUCUGCUGGAGCAGUACGCUGAGCUGCUGCUGAAGUCUGUGGAGAGGAGACUAGACAACAAGACGUGA